AUGCCGAUCACAACUCUCAUUGUAGUUUACCAUAUAGUGCUUGUACGCACACAUUCACUACAGAAAACAUCUCCUAUUGGUAUUUCUUACGAGGACGAUGACGGAGAACCGGUCGAGAGCAGCGCGGUAGCGGUCGGGUCGUCCGCAUGCUGCAUCGUGACAGCAUCUUUUAAUGAUUGCAGGCUGAUUGUCAGCACGUUGCGGUUCGUGCUCCACGACCUUGUAACUGAAGUAUCUAUCCAAUUUGCACAAGAGACCAAACCGAUCAUCGACAAGGCACUCACCUUUAGUGGAGAAGUCAAUCCAUAA